ACACUUUAGGUCAAGUUGUGUGCCAGUUGAUUGAAUAUCUGAUCCAUGUUUUGAGCAUGAGUCGGCUAGGUUGUGCUGGUGUUGUGGCGCAACUUGUUAUCGACAUACCCUUUCUGCCCAUUAAGUACACUUCUAAUUGUAGCUUUUCACUACUCUGUUUGUGCUUGUCACUUCUAUUAUGUGUAUACCACAAAACCCUCACCUCAAUUUACUUUAGGACCAUACCAGUGAAAGCUAGCAUGUGUGGGAAAAGUGGUCGAAUGAGGAAACAGAGAGUGAGGUGGCUAAACUCAUGGAAGAGGAUGUGGGUAUCUUUGAUUUCUAGGUGCUCGAACCUGAAAUUCGGAGAUAAGAAGAUCCAAAUUCAUUUCAGAUACGAAAGACUGGUUAGCUGCUGUUUCUAUUGUGGCUAUUUGGGACACCUCGAAAAGAACUGUGAUAAAAGGGCAAAAGACAUUAUCAAUGGGUGUCUAGAAGAAGGUAAGUAUGGGGACUGGCUAAAAGCUCAAGAUAUUUUCUACCCUUCUGCACCAAGUACCUCUUUUAGCAAUAACUCAGCCAGAGAAACAUCUCAACCUACCCACCAUUCACCAGACAGUCGAACCCAAGACAUAGAUAACAACACUCCUUUGUCUCAACCCAAUUCAAAUUCAAAAGCCCUCAACCCACUUCAAAAGUCAGCAUUAGUCCCCUCUGACAUAAGCGCUAAUGACUCAGAAACCCAACAAAUCAUAACUCAACCUUCUAAGCCAAAUAAACCAUUACCUAUAUCUAUACCCCAAGACAUGGACACAGAAAUACCACUAGACAAUCCGAAAAACAAUCAUCCUAAUGAAAAUCAAAUUCCAACCUCUGACAUUCACAUGGAAGCUCAAUUUAUUAAACCAGAAAAGGCGAAACCAACCCAACCUCAAGUGAUUCCCAAUACAAACCAGCAAUCUAUCAUUUUCCCUAUUCUUCAAACCAAACCAGAUUCUCCUCUCAACCCUCCCAUUCCUAACACUCCAGUGAUACCCUAUCAGCCAGAGCUUUUAACCUCAACCCAUAAAUCAGUGUGGAAGAGAAAACCAUUUUCAGGAGUAAGAAUAUGGGACCACCCCUGGGUGCCUAACAUGCCAAGACUGAACCAACAAACCAAGACAAGUGCACCUCCUAAUAUCAAAUUGGUCAAGGACCUAUUGGAAGAAUCAGGGAGAAGGUGGAACAGGGAGCUUGUGAUGACAUACUUCCCACCCCAGGAAGCAAAAGCAAUACUGAACAUCACAGGAAUGGAUCCUCAUCAAAAAGACAGAAUGACU